AUGAAUUCAGAGACGAUUCUGAUGAUUACCGAGAAGACAGAUGCGUCUCACCCGUCCACGACCCCGCGAUUGGCUCGCCGUCCUCGGUCUAGUUUCACCGUAGACGAACCUGAACCCGCGGGGGUAGAUUGUGGAACAAUUACUCCCCCGUCGCUCCGCCACGUCCAGUCGCCUUCGGCCUUACCGAGGGGUACACCCACCCAACCGGGGCAUUUACCCCCUCCCCCAGUCGGCCUUACCGAGGGGUACACCCACCCAACCGGGGCAUUUACCCCGCUCCCCCAGUCGGCCUUACCGAGGGGUACACCCACCCAACCGGAGCAUUUACCCCCUCCCCCAGUCGGCCUUACCGAGGGGUACACCCACCCAACCGGGGCAUUUACCCCCUCCCCCAGUCGGCCUUACCGAGGGGUACACCCACCCAACCGGGGCAUUUACCCCCUCCCCCAGUCGGCCUUACCGAGGGGUACACCCACCCAACCGGGGCAUUUGCCCCCUCCCCCAGUCGGCCUUACCGAGGGGUACACCCACCCAACCGGGGCAUUUACCCCCCUCCCCAGUCGGCCUUACCGAGGGGUACACCCACCCAACCGGGGCAUUUACCCCCUCCCUCAGUCGGCCUUACCGAGGGGUACACCCACCCAACCGGGGCAUUUACCCCCUCCCCCAGUCAGCCUUACCGAGGGGUACACCCACCCAACCGGGGCAUUUACCCCCUCCCCCAGUCGGCCUUACCGAGGGGUACACCCACCCAACCGGGGCAUUUACCCCCUCCCCCAGUCGGCCUUACCGAGGGGUACACCCACCCAACCGGGGCAUUUACCCCCUCCCCCAGUCGGCCUUACCGAGGGGUACACCCACCCAACCGGGGCAUUUACCCCGCUCCCCCAGUCGGCCUUACCGAGGGGUACACCCACCCAACCGGGGCAUUUUCCCCCUCCCCCAGUCGGCCUUACCGAGGGGUACACCCACCCAACCGGGGCAUUUACCCCCACAUCAACCACAUUCCUAGAAGGGACAUCGGUACCUUACUUCUUCUCUGCUGAACUUUACGGGCGAGGAUUUCGGAAGGAAGUCCAUGUUCGUAGUCGCAGGCAUGCCGAUGGUUCAAAAUCCUGA